UUGCCAUUACUGUGUGUCAUUUUCACGGCAGAAUGGCGAACGGCGAUCAUAUUGCCUCCGGUGGAGAUGGCACAAAACCUUCCUCUGAUAUUCCGUUGUCUCCUCCAACUGCAGUGUCUAAUGCAAGCUUAUUACACAAGCUAUUACAUGAAGAUCAUUUUGUUGAUGACAUAUUAGCUAACAGUCGUAAGACUUUUUCAAAAGGUGCUUCAAGUUCCAAGGCCAGUGCUGCUAACAGGAAAAAGAAUGCUGAGGUGACGCAGCAGCCUAAAAACCUCGUUGGUACUGCAAAGCCGUAUCAAUUAGAGGGUUUGCGUUGGUUAGUUGGCCUAUACGAUCGUAAUAUGAACGGUAUAUUGGCUGAUGAAAUGGGUUUGGGUAAGACAUUCCAGACCAUUAGUUUGUUGGCUUAUCUCAAGGAAAGUCGUGGUAUAGACGGUCUUCAUUUAGUUAUAGCUCCUAAAUCUACUAUUGGCAAUUGGAUUAAUGAAAUUAAUCGUUUUUGUCCCGACUUGCGUGUUCUGAAAUUUAUUGGAAACAAGGAAGAACGUUCAUAUAUGGUUAGUCAUGAAUUGGAUUCUUCCAAGUACGACGUGAUAGUCACAUCAUACGAGACAUGCUGUAAGGCCAAAAAUGCGCUAUCCAAGUUGCAAUUUCACUACAUUAUCAUAGACGAAGCCCAUCGCAUUAAAAAUGAAGAAUCUAAGCUAAGUGAAGUGGUUCGUGUAUUUCAUACUGAAUACCGCCUCUUGAUUACCGGUACUCCAUUGCAAAAUAAUUUGAAGGAGUUAUGGGCUUUACUUAACUUCUUGUUUCCGGAGGUUUUUGCUUCUUCUGAAGAAUUUGAAGCUGAGUUUGACUUGGUGGGUCCCAAGGACCUAUCUCAGGAAGAGCGUGAAUCUAGGAAUUUGCGUAUUGUAGCUCGUCUACAUGAGAUAUUGCGUCCAUUUAUGUUACGUCGUUCCAAGAAGGACGUGCUUACUGAUAUGCCGCCAAAGACUGAGUUGUUGCUUAUGAUUCCUUUAAGUGCGAUGCAAAAGAGGUUGUAUAAGGAUCUCCUUCGUCGUACAGUUCCUGAUUUAGGUGCUGAGGACAGCCAUUCCUCUGUAGUUAAGGUGCAGCUGUUAAAUUUAGCCAUGCAACUUCGAAAAGCCUGUAACCAUCCAUAUUUGUUUGAAGGUUGGGAAGAUCGCGAUGCCGAUCCCUUUGGCGAACAUCUGGUUGAGAAUGCCGGUAAAUUGAACGUCGUUGACAAGUUGUUAAGACGGCUUCUCAAGGCCAAUUCACGUAUAUUGAUUUUUUCUCAGAUGGCUCGUAUGUUAGACAUUUUGGAGGACUACUGUCGUAUGCGUGGUUAUAGUUAUUUCCGCAUUGACGGUAACACCUCUGGUGAGGAACGUGACGAUCAAAUAUCGUCUUUUAACGAUCCUAACAGUGAGGUCAGCAUUUUCUUGUUAUCAACUCGUGCUGGUGGUUUGGGUAUUAAUCUAGCCACUGCUGAUGUCGUCAUUCUUUACGACAGUGAUUGGAACCCUCAAGUUGAUCUUCAGGCUAUUGACCGUGCGCAUCGUAUAGGUCAAUCAAAGACAGUUCACGUGUAUCGUUUGGUUCACGAAUACACUAUCGAGGAGAAGAUUAUAGAGCGUGCUACCAUUAAAUUACAACUAGACUCUGCUGUUAUUCAAAGUGGUCGUAUGGGACAAAAGGAGCUUUUAGAAAUGGUUCAAUUUGGUGCUGGUCACGUUUUUAAGGCUGGUGAUGAAGAGAUUACAGAGGCUGACCUUGACGUAAUUUUGAGCAAGGGUUUGGAACGUGCCACCAUGUUGAACGACAAAUUGAAGGCUCAUACAGGGAAGGCUUUGCUCGACUUUUCCACUAAUAAUUCAAGUCAGCAACUUUAUGAUUACGAGACACUUGAGGCUACAAAUAAGGAGGAUCAGGUGGCUUGGGACGAGCUUGUCGCAUUGCGUGUUCAGGACGAGGUUUUACAUGAGCGUGAUAUACGUCGUCGUAUGCGUAUGACAGCUGCUAGGCUGGCUGAAGCCGAUGCUGCUCGCUUUGCUCGUUUUAACAAGCAUCCUCCAUUCCAGGACUGGCAAUUUUUUGACAAGGCUGAGAUUUCUAGAAUAGACCAGCUUGAGCAGGAGCAAGGUGAAAUAGAUGAAGAAUUACGUGCUAAACGUGAUCAGCUUCUUUCAGAGGGUUUUGCCGACUGGAAUAAGAGGCAUUUUGCUGCUUUUAUAAGGGCCAAUGCUGCUUACAGUCGUUAUGACAUUGAGUCUAUCGCAAACAGCAUCAAAUCCAAAUCUCCUGAGGAGGUAAAGCGUUACAGUAAGGUUUUCUGGGAGAAGUACAAGCAAAUGUCCGAUUGGGGUAAAUACAUAAAGCGCAUAGAGCAGGGUGAAGAAUCCCUUUUGAAGCGCAAUAUACUACACCAGAUGAUUGUGGCUAAGCAGAAGCUGAUUAAGUGUCCUUGGGUCAACACCGAUCUUGCGUUAACUUCUCAUCGUGGCAAAUGUCCUUAUACGGAAGAGGAGGACCGUUGGAUUCUUAACGUGGUUGCUAUUCUAGGUUACGACCAAUGGGAUGAUAUUGCUGAGUUAUCUCGUCUAGAUCCUCGUUGGCAAUUUGACUCAUUCCUACACACUCGUUCACCCAACGACUUUAUGAAGCGCGCUGACUAUAUAAUCAAAUAUAUCGCAAGAGAGAAUGCCCGUAGUAGCGGGGUUGAGCGUGCUAAGCUUUCAAGUAAACGUGAUAUUCGGCGUGCUAAUGUAUCCUUAAGCCGAAGUCUGGUUAAGGACGAGGCCGUAUGCCGCGAAGUACGUGAUCGUAUUGUUCAAUCUGUAUCGGUUACAAUAUCAAAUGGUCGUCUUUUUUUAGCAUCUUUGUUGAAGCGUCUGCGUAUAUAUCAGGGUUCCAGUUCAUUCCAUCGUAUGGUUGCUCUGGGUAUUGGCUCUCCAACAGCUCUUAGCUUACCUUUAACACAGGCUUGCUGUUAUCAAUUGGCUGUAUGUCUAGUUGUUCGUGAUAUCUUUGACGUUGAAAACGUGGAUGUAUUUGACCCUAUUAUGGAUGCCAACGAUGUGGAGGCAUGCCGAUCUCUACUUUUCGAAUAUCGUAGCAGCAUUCCGGAUCUCGGUGAAAUCUGCCGUGACGUUUAUGAGCUGAGUGACGAAGAGUCGGUUGCUGAUGAUCUCCCACAUUUAAUUCUUUGGAUGCCUCAUUGCGAGGCAUCUUUGUACAAAGCCGUGCUGCUUGCUAUUGAUGCUGGCGAGGAUCCUUUGUGUGCUGCUGAGACUUUAGCGGGCCAUAGCCGGCAUAGCCCACGUAGCCGCUACAAUCUUUCGAAUGUGGUUUUAGUUGGCAACUCGCUAAAGCAAUAUGUGGGAGACAAUCGGUUGCCCGAACACCUAGUUGAGCGUGUUGUGGAGGUUGCCCUUCCUUCAUUCGCUCCAUUUCCACAGGCAUUUGGCGACACAUAUAUAACACGAUUCAGAUAAUGUAACAUGAUUUAGUUUUGUUUAUGCGUAUAAAUCAUCGU